CGGGUUCGGGUUGACCUGAAUAGUGCCGGGUCAAUUUCGGGUUCGACCCGAACCCGAACCGUGACUCGAAAUUGACACCCCUAUCAACUAUCAUCCAUUAAGGUGCAUCCAAUUUCUUUCAAAUAAUGUCAGAAAUUCUUAAUUAGCAACUUACAUUCUUCCUUAUAACCACUUAAUAAAUCAUAUCUUAAACCCUAAACCUAAUAAAGAGGUACGAAUUGAAAAUUUAUAAAAAAUUUCAAAUCAAUUGAAAUAUAUGACUUUAGUAAUUUGUGUCCACCAAUAAAAUCUUUAGAGCAGCAAACCCAAAAUAUCUUUCAAAUAUUCAUCAAAAUAUAAAUGAAAUUAAAAUAUACAAAUAAAUUUAACUACACUUCUAUUAUUUUAUUACUCUUAAAUUAUAUUUCUUAAAAUUUGGCUGAUAAAGCAAUGAGAACACUUAGAAAUUUGAAUAAGCUAAAUAUAUUAUCAAUAAGAAUUCAUCAAGACAAUCAACUUUGUUAGGGAAGUUAUAGAUUAGUGACAGAACAAAUAUUUCAUGGCACAAAACAAUAAGCACCACAACUUUGUAAGGGAAUUAUGUUGCCUUUGUGUUAGUUUUUAACUAAUAAGGGAUCAAACAUACUAAUGUAUGUAGACAAAAUCAAUGAUAUUUCUAGUGCUUGGUCCAUUAAUUAUAUAUUUUAAAUUAAACUUAGGCUUUAUUUAAUUGUAGCCCCACAGGGAAAUUAUGUAUGGAUUCCGCACAGAAUAACUUCUUCAUUUGAGAGAAUUUUUGGUCAAUAUUUUUUCGUUUUUAGUAAAAUGAAAUCUAAAGCUUAAACAAAAUCUUUGAUUUCAUUUGGGACGACUUUCUUACUGAUUUUUUAAGUAAUUUUUUAAUAUAAAAAUUUUAAGAAAAUUAUAUAAAACAAAUACUUUAAAAAUAAGAAAAUUUUUUCUCAAACGAAAUCUUUGUAAUAAAAUCUAGAGCUUUUUUUGCAUUUGAUCUUUAUAUGCAAAUGUCAUUUGGGUUGACGAUAUGAUUAUUUUUUUUAUGCAAAUAAUAAAAAAAUUUGCCCAUUAAACUGUUAAGUGGGAAAAAUUCCGAACGCGUUCAAAUUCAAACCAGAAGCCAUUAUAUCACCUAAUAUAUAAUAAAUUAUGUUGGUCAAUUAUUCAUAUUGACUAUUUAGAGUCACGUUUUCAAAAUUUCACCAAUUUUUGCGCUCAGCAUUGGAAAAAAAUUUUGACUGACCUGCGCGGCAGGAAAAUGGAGGCACCGGGCACGUCAUGGCGUGUUCUUCUUCUCCCAGUCAAACAUUCUCCUCCUCUUCUUCCCGUCAAAACCCUAACGUCAAUCAUUCCCUCCCCCCCUCCCUUCAAUCUCUCCCACCCAUCCCCUCAAUCAUGGAACCUAUCCUCCAAGGCAUAAUCGCCGCCGCCGGCAGCUUCUCGGCUAUCUUCCUUCUAUUCUUCAUCGUCCUCCUCUUCUGCCGCCGCCGUCCCCGUAAACCCCUUCCCCCCUUCCUCUCCGUCUCUUUCUCCACCCCUUCCACCGCCCUUACUCUCCCUUCAUACGAGCGCAGCUUCGCCUUCGAUCCCUCCCUCCCCCACAUCUCCCUCUCCGAUCUCGCCGCCGCCACCAAAAAUUUCUCCCCGGACCGCAUCCUCGGAGAUGGUGGCUUUGGCUUCGUGUACAAGGCCAUCUUUCCCUCCGGCGCCCCCGUCGCCGUCAAACGCCUCUCCCCUGACCUCGCCCCCUUCCAAGGCUUCCGCGAAUUUCGCGCCGAAAUGGACACCCUCGCCCGCAUCCAGCACCCCAACCUCGCCCGCCUCCUCGGCUACUGCAUCGCCGGCUCCGACCGCCUCCUCAUCUACGAAUUCCUCCCCGGCGGCAGCCUCGACCAACGCCUCCACGACCCCAAUCCUGACUUCUUUCCGCCGCUCACGUGGUCGUCCCGCCUCCGUAUCCUCCGCGGCGUCGCCGCGGGCCUCGCCUUCCUCCACGAGGUAUGCCGCCCGAGCAUAAUCCACCGCGACAUCAAGGCCAGCAACAUCCUGCUCGACGGCGAAUCAGUUGCCCGGAUCGCCGAUUUCGGAUUGGCGCGGUUGGUGGAGGCGUCGAGAUCGCAUGCAUCGACGCAGGAGGCCGCGGGGACAGUGGGGUACAUGGCGCCGGAGUAUAGAGAGGGAGUUACGGCGGCGACAGCAAGGGGCGAUAUUUAUAGCUUUGGGGUGUUGGUGAUGGAGGUGGUGACGGGAAAGCGGCCGAGUUGGCCGGUGAAGAGAGGUGAUGGUGAGGAGAUGGCGCUGGUGAGGUGGGCCCGUGGAAUGCUGGAGGGGGGAAGGCAGAUGGAGCUUUUAGAUCCUUUGAUGGGGAGAGAAGCGGUGGUGGAGGCGGAGGUGAAGGGGGUGUUGGGAGUGGCUUACAGGUCUACGGAGGAGAGGCCGAGCAGCAGACCCUCCAUUGGCGAAGUGAUCAAGCUUUUGGAUAGCUUUUGAUGAAUUCCCUUAAAGAAGCUAUGGGUAAUUGUGUUUGUCGCACGAGUAAGCUCAUUACUUAGCUCUUAUUGCUCAAUUUCCUAAUAGUUAAGUGUACAGUUUUUUCGUAAUUAUAAAAUAAUAGAUAGUGUUCUGUGUUGUGUACUCA